AUGAAGAUAUUUUUACUAGUGUUAUUUUCACAAAAAGUAGUUGGAGAUGAUAGGAAUACAGUAAUAAAGUAUUUAAAUUAUUUUGGUUAUUUGGAUAUACCUGAUAAAGAAACUACUCAAGUGAGAGGAGAUGAUUUUAGAGAAGCAUUAACGUUGUUUCAGCUAACACACAAUCUCGAAAUAAGUGGUGAGAUAAAUGACGAUUUAUUGAAUUUGAUGAAAAUGCCAAGAUGUGGUGUAAAAGAUCGGUUUCGUAACUAUAGUGCUGCUUUAUAUAAAUGGAAUAAGAAAUAUAUUAAAUGGCAUUAUAAAGGUGCUACUAAAAAGGUAUUACAAUUAACAGAUGCAGCAUUAAAUUUGUGGCAAAAAUAUAUUGAUAUUAAAUUUGCUCAUGACAGCAAUAAUCCAGACAUUUUAAUUACAAAUAAAAGAAGAAAACAUAAAUAUGAAAUUCAUAACCAUAUACAAUGUCCAAAACAACUAUAUGGGAAAGGUAACGUAUUAGUGCAUGCUUUCUUCCCAAAUAUGAAUAAUAAUCCAGUAGAAAUACACAUGGAUGAUGAAGAAUUUGGGUAUUUAGAAAUUGAUACAAAUACGCAAAAACGCCAAAUAAAUCUGUUUGAAAUAUUACCUCCUACACCAAAAAUAAGUGUAAGCUUACCUACAUCAUCUACACUAAAUGAACCAGUUGAAUCAUUAUGUCGAAGUAAAAAUAUAGAUCACUUAUUAUUUGCAUAUGGAAAAUUAUAUAUUUUUUAUAAAAAGUGGAUGUGGAUAGUUGAUAAUGAUAUAGUACCAAAUUCACAACUAAUAACAAAUUGUGGUGAAAUUGUAAUAAUUGUUGACAAAAUUAUCUAUAUGAUUCAUUUGCACACAUUACAACAAAUUUCAGGAUUUCCAAAAACAAUAUUGAUUACUGGAUUAUGA